UACUGCUCCAAGAGGACAGUGUGGAACAUUUGCGGUUUCCACUGAGGUCCGUCUACCGGACACACCGGGGACUGCACGAGGGGUUGCCUAAUUUAGAUUCUAACUGCUUCAAUAUUGCAAUUCCCUUUCUUCACAAUAGACCACAAACUUCUUAGGAAGAUGAAGAAGAUUAAGGCUUUUAGAUAACCAUUCAAAAGUCUGUGCCCUGAAGAAUAACCCCACAUGUUCUGUUUUGUGAGGGCCCUGUGGUUCUUAUCCAAAAGAGACGUCCCAUUGCUCCAUGAGCACAGCUCCUGAUGUGUUCACACUGUCGGCCUUUUGAUGAGCUCAGGCAGGGGGAGUAAAGUCCAGAACCAAGGGCAGAUUAUUACCCUGUCUAAACUGGUCCCCUUCUGUCUCUCGCUCUGCGUCCAGCCAGGGCUCAGGUCUCACACGGCCUCUGGAAGACAGCAGCACAGAGCCCCGCACAUCCUUCAAGGGCCAAUGAAUGCACAAGAGCUUAAGGACCAGUACACUGUCAGCCAGUUAGUGGGCACCACCUUCACCUGUGUGGGGAGCACUACACUCAUACAGACUACAUUCGGUGUCAGGUUGCCUUUGUUCCAGGCGAGUGCUUUUGCCUUUCUCGUCCCUGCUCAGGCAAUUCUGAGGCUGGACAAAUGGAAAUGUCCCCCUGAAGAUUCAGGGCGCUAUCAUUGUGUCCAGCCUGAUUGAGGUGGUCAUAGGGUUUGCUGGAAUCCCUGGGAUCCUGGUUAAUUCACUGUCACUCCCACAGUGUCCCUUAUUGGCUUGUUUGUCUUCCAGA